CUGGAAGCUGGAUGAUACACAAACCAUUAGAGGACCCAAACUUCAACUUCAACCACACAGAUGAAUCACUUUCUGUUUGUGCUGGCUGCGGGACUUUACCUGUUCAUGCAAUGUCACGUAAAUGCAGAAUCUCGUUUGAGCAGGAGUGUUAUUGAGAGAGCUGUGGUUGCGGCCAAGGCCAAUGUGGACAAUGCUUAUACAAGCUCCCGAAAAGAGAGCCUCGCCCGAGUGAGGAGGAAUGAAGCAAAUCCUUCAGACGUGCUGCGGUUGCUGAAGCAGCCUUCCGGGCUGACUCGCAGUGCUGUGCGGGCUGCAGACUAUAUGGACAUCACUGUGUCACUGCUCAAGAGCUCUCUGCAAAGACGCAGAAAACGCUCCAUCAACGCCACAGAUCUGAUCUCUGAAGAGGAUCUGCAGGUCAUUGCUAAUCUGACAGGCUGCUCUCCCCGACAUCGUGUCCCUUCCUGCAGUACGACUCCAAACAAAGACAAGUUUCGCACUGCCAGCAAUGUCUGCAACAACAGAAAAAACCCUCGAUGGGGGUCUGCCAACACACCUUUCACCCGCUGGCUUCCUGCUGAGUACCAGGAUAAUGUCUCUCUGCCCAAAGGAUGGGACCCUAAGCAGAAGAUCAACAACCAUUUGCUGCCAUUGGUGAGGGACGUGUCCAACCGUAUUAUGAGCACAGCUAAUAAGGAUGUGGAAAGUGACCCAUUGUACACUCACCUGGUGACAAUCUUCGGCCAAUGGACCGACCACGACCUGACCUUCACACCUCAAUCUCCUGUCAUCAGCUCAUUCAGUAAGGGGAUCAACUGUGACAAGAGCUGCGAAUACACAGAACCCUGUUUCCCCAUCAAGAUCCCCAGUGGAGACCCCCGCUUCCUCAAUCACUCAGAAAAAUGCAUGCCCUUCUUCCGCUCAGCAGCAGGUUGUGGUUCUGGCAACACAGGUUACCUCUUCGGUGCAAGCAAUGUUCGUCAGCAGAUGAACGCUAUCACAGCUUUCAUUGACGUGGGCCAGGUGUACAGUUCAGAUGAUUCCAAAGCUCGCUUCCUCCGUAACCUUACCACAGACCAAGGACUUUUAAGGGUAAACGAAAAGUACGAUGACAAUAGCCGCGAGCUCCUGCCGUUUCAAAACAGUGGUGCCAACAUGUGUGCGACACGAGCCCGCAUUACUAACAAUGUCAUUGCUGAAGAGGUGCCCUGCUUUCUGGCUGGUGAUGAACGCUCCAAUGAGAACAUUGCUCUGACCUCUCUGCACACACUGUUGCUGCGUGAGCACAAUCGUCUGGUACGUGCCCUGGCAAAACUCAACCCUCGUUGGAACGGAGAGAGACUCUACCAGGAGGCCCGCAAGAUCAUGGGAGCAUACUUUCAGGUUCUCACCUUCAGAGACUACUUGAACCACAUUGUUGGUCCAGAUGUAAUUGCAAGGCAGCUGUCCACCUACCCUGGUUAUGAUGAACAUGUGGACCCCAGCAUAUCCAAUGUGUUUGCAACAGCUGCCUACAGAUUUGCUCACCUGAUGGUUCAGCCAUUUAUUUUCCGUCUUGAUGAGAACUAUCAGCAGCACCGUGAUUACCCCAGCCCACUACUGCACAAAGCCUUUUUCACACCAUGGAGGGUGAUCUUUGAAGGUGGUUUGGACCCAAUCCUGCGGGGGCUAAUAGGCCGCAAGGCCAAGCUGUCUACACAGAAACACAUGAUGCCUGAGGAGCUCAGGAACAAGCUGUUUAAGUUCUCCGCUGAGUUGGCGCUUGAUCUGGCCUCUCUUAAUAUGCAGAGAGGCAGAGACCAUGCACUUCCAGGAUACAACAAAUGGCGCAAGUUCUGCAAGCUCUCGCAACCAAAAAAUCUGAGCGAGCUGGAAAGUGUUAUGAACAACACAGAUAUCGCCAAGAAACUUCUGAAUCUCUAUGGCACACCUGACAACAUCGACGUGUGGAUGGGAGGAGUGGCUGAGCCGUUUGUGAGGGGUGGUAGGGUGGGACCCCUCUUUGCCUGCCUAAUUGCCACUCAGUUCCAGAAGAUCCGUCAGGGAGAUCGACUUUGGUGGGAGAACAAUGGAGUUUUCACUGAGGCUCAGAGGGUGUCCCUGAGGAAAACAUCACUUGCCCGCAUCAUCUGUGACAACACUGGUAUCACUGAAGUACCUAAAAGCCCCUUCCAGUACCGGCCUCGUGGGUCAGGUUACACUCCGUGUAAGAACAUCUCUGCCUUUGACCUCAGCCCAUGGAAGGAGGAUGGAGUCCCAGCCACACCUAAACCCACUCAACCCCCUCGCAUUGAAAACAAAGUUGCCUUCUCUGUGAGACUGGGCAACAAUUUUCCUAAAGCUAGCAUGCCGAUUGCAUUUCGUGAGGUAAUCUACAAUGGACAGAACCGCUAUAACGUAUCGACAGGGUAUUUCACCUGUGAGCAACCAGGUGUUUAUGAGUUCCAAUUCCACUGCACAAUCUUCAAGAAAGCUGCCAACAUAGAUCUGAUGCAUAAUGGAAAACUGAUUGUGCACUCAUUCACCACCAAGCAGAGCGGCCGCAUCACAGCAAGUGGCAACGUGUAUAUUAAGCUUGAGAAGGGAGACAUGGUGUGGCUGUUGGCCAACCAGGGAGGCAAUGGUCUGUCCAGUGAUAGCUUCUUUUCAGGGCAUCUACUAUUCACUGAGACUGAUGACACAGCUGCUUCUCCUUGACAUCCUCAAAACACUGCACAUUCAAGUGUAGUAGAGCAACGCUGAGUUUGUUGAAGUCACACAUUUCCAUUUGGAAACUUGUUGACAGAGAGCAAAGUGUCUGAAAAAGCUGUAUGAUUUUUUUGACUGUUUAAAAACAUUAUAUGGAAUGAGCGGAUGUUCAUUUUGCACUGGUACCUACACUGGAGAUAUAAAGGGUUAGUCGCUAUCAUUCGUGUUAUUUUUCUAUGAAAGAACAUUUUGGAGCACUUUUUUAUUCCCUCAAAAAUAGAUAGAUAUUUUUGAGUCACUUUAUCUGUGACAUUAUUCAUUCUUGUGGUAGAGAUUCACUUUUGCAUCUGAAAGACAAUAAUGAUGAUCCAGAACAAAUAGAAGGUCACAUGUUUGUCUGAAGACCAUGCUGACGAUGUCUGUAAGCAGACCAGCAGAUGGCAGUGGCGUACAACUUUACAAGGACAGGAAGGCUAGCACAAGCUGCACUGUAUACUAAUGCUCAAGAACAACUGUUUCUGUGCUGAGGAUUUACAGUAUUUGCCGAACAGAAAGUGUGUGAAAGGUCUAGCAAAAAAAUUUGCAAUUAUAAUGAGUAUAGGUGGAUUUUACCUGCGGUAAAUCUGUGUUGCUCCAAACUAAAGGAAUCAAUUACAAAAUAAUGAAUUAGGAAAUACCAAUUCUGAAGGAACCACAGUGGGUUUGUUGCCUUUUGUAAAACCUAAAGCUAAACUUUGAUGCUGUCUUGAAUAUGUUUGAAGAGGCAGUUGAAGUUGUAUCAAGUAUGUAUGUAAACUUGUGUUUUAAGGUUCAGUGUGUCUUUCCUUCCAAGUGUGGAAGAAUCUAUGGUGGCCUUCAGGUAACAAAAAUGCCAUAGGGCCUCUCCAGACAAACUGUACACUGGCUGUGUGGAGUUUGUCCAUUCCAGGCUACUGUAGAGACAUGGUGCAACAUUUUGUAGUGGCUAAUGUUUGGUGUUAAUGUUAGG